CGGCAUUUGAAUCUGUCGGGUGAGUAAGGCCAACAACUCCUGUAACCUCAACCCCCAAGCACAAGAGAGGCAGAGCACAGCCUUGCUUGCUCAGCCAGUCUACCUCAUCGUUGACCGAGUGGGGGGUUUUACGUGCUAAGCAUCUACAGCUCCGGCGGUGAAACAUGAAACAUAGGGAGAGAAUGGGAACCGAUAAAUAUCACAGUGUUUGUCUGAGAUGGAUGUCAUCAUGUCUUGGGUUACCGGACCGUUCACACCGAGACAAACAUUGUAGAUCCUGUCGGCUUCAAGAAUUCAUCGCUAUAUCCAUCGAAAAUUCACAUCACUUUACAACUUCAUAUCUUGUCUCGUUUGUAACCUCCCCAUCUACCUAGCAAUGUCCUCUCUCACAUAUGUUGUCGACGAGCUCGCCGCUGAGGUCCCUCACGAUACCUGGGUCAAGAUCCCAUCAUCACCGACCAAGAUUGAAGAGAUCACAUGGCAAAACUUUACCUUCCAGCAGCUCGGCCAAGCGGUAGACAAGCUAGCUCACUGGAUUGACAAACACUUGGGCCCGGCUGGCUUGGGCCGGGACGAGCCCCUUGCCUACACUGGCAUCAACGACAUUCGAUACCCCAUAGUCAUCCUGGCGGCGUUGAAGACCGGGCACAAGAGCCUUCUAUUAUCGCCCAGAAACUCCGUUGAGGGCCACUGCGCUCUCAUAACCCCUACCCGCUGCACCAAACUUCUUCACAGCCAAGAGCUCUCCGACCAAGCUUCUGAAAUCGGUCAAAAGCUCGGCCAUCUCAGCGUCCUCCGCAUCCCAGACCUGGAACACCUUCUCGAGACCACCACCAACCCCACCCCGUACCAGAGCAAAUGCAAUGAUACGACCCCCGACCACGAGACAGUCAUGAUCCUCCACUCAAGCGGCACCACCGGCCUCCCCAAGCCCAUCCCCCUCAAAGCCGGCGUCCUCACCACCGCCGGCAGACUACUCGCCACCCUCCCCACCCCCGCCGGCCGUCUAAACACCCACGACCCGCUCUACACCACCCCCCUCAUCCUCUCCAUGCCCCCCUUCUUCCACGCCUUUGGCAUGAACCUCCUCGUUCGAUCCCUCCACUACCGCCGCCCUCUCGUCCUCCUCCCACCCAGCACCCCCCCAACAGCAGAGCUGAUGCUCCACGCAGUGAAAACCACCCGCCCGACAGGCAUGGUUUGCACCCCUUCUAUUCUGGAAGAUAUCUGCAGUUUGCCUCACGGGAUUGAGACCCUGAGGGCGUCAGAUAUCGAGUGUAUCUACUCCGGCGGCGCACCACUAGCCAGGUCAUGCGGCGAUGUCAUUGGGGAGGAACUCUCCCCUCGUAUCACGCUGGUGAACGGGAUCGGCACGACCGAGAUUUGGAACGCGACCGGGUAUACACCGCUGGACCCCAGGGAUUGGGAGUAUUUCGAGUGGAAUCCUGCGGCGGGCGUUGUCAUGGAGGGGGUUGGUGGAGACGAGAAUACUGCCGAGUUGGUGAUUAAGCGGUUGGGAGGGGAGGAGGGGAGGUUCCAGUUUGUGUUUUAUAACUUUCCUGACUCGGAAGAGUGGCGGACGAAGGACUUGUUUGAGCGCCAUCCGCUGAAAGAAAAUCUGUGGAGGUAUGUGGGACGGGUGGAUGAUGUUAUUGUGCUGAGUAAUGGGGAGAAGCUGAAUCCGGUGACGUUUGAGAAGAUAGUGGAGGGGCAUUCGAUGGUGAAAGGUGCGGUGAUGGUGGGGAGUGGGCGGUUCCAGACGGGACUGAUUGUGGAGGUUCAUGAUGUGAGUUUGGGGGUGAAGGAGGUGGUUGAGAGGAUUUGGGAGAGGGUUGAGGAGGCGAAUGAGCAGUACCCGGCUCAUGCGAGGGUGUGGAAGUCGAUGGUGAGGGUCGCGCGACAAGACAAGCCGUUUGAGAGGACGCCGAAGCGGACGGUGAUGAGGAGGAAUACGUAUGUGGCUUAUCAGGCCGAGAUUGAAGAAAUGUAUGCCAGUGCGAUGGUUAUCAAUGGGGUUACAGCUGAGGGUGUGUUGGACGAGACCAUGAUCUUGGCUCAAAUUCGGGAUGCGGUCAACAGCGUGAUCAAGCGACGCGGAGACGUUACAGACGACACUAACCUGUUCGCCCUUGGCUUCGACUCCCUUCAAGUCCUUCAGCUCAUCCUCACCCUCAAAAGCACCGUCCAAUCCAGCCUGCAAGGCAAAUUCUCGCUCCGUCUGGUCUACGAGAACCCCAGCAUCAGCCAACUUCACCGCGCUCUCUGCUCUGCCCCAGGCACCGCCACCACCAACACGUCAAGAGCAGACAAAUUCGACGCGCUCAUCAAAGAAUACACUCCCUCCCUCCGCCUCCCCCGUCCUUCCCACACCGAACCCAAAGGCUUCAAAGUCAUCCUCACCGGCACAACCGGCACCCUCGGCUCCUCCCUCCUCUCCUCCUUCCUGGCCAACCCAACCAUAACCCAUAUCUACUGCCUCAACCGCUCCAAACCCAUCUCACCCAACACCUCCCAAGUUACAUACCUCCAAACCGACCUCCUCCACCCUACCCUCGGCCUCUCAUCCAAAACCUACAACACCCUCAUGCAACCCCAACUGCUAAUACACUCCGCCUGGCCCGUUAACUUCAACCUCCCCCUCGACUCCUUCCUCCCUUCCAUCUCCGGCACAGCCAAUCUCAUGGCCCUCAACCCAGCAAAAUUCGUCUUCAUCUCCUCCAUCGCCACCGCCAUGGCGGGGACCUCACCUGUCCCGGAAAACUUCACCCAAGACCACAACCUCCCCUUGUCAACAGGGUACGCCGAGUCCAAACACCUCGCCUCCUGUGUCCUGGCCAACUCCCCCAUCCCGAGCACAAUUCUGAGGGUAGGGCAGCUUGCUGGGAGGGCAGAUGGUGUAGGGAGACAGUGGAAUAAACACGAGUGGGUUCCUAGCUUGGUGCAGACAUCCCUCAACAUGGGCAUGAUCCCGUCCACCUUGGGGGGGAACCAAAAAGCAGUGGAUUGGAUACCCGUUGAUCUUGCUGCUGAGGCAAUUGUGGAGCUGGGGUUGGGGGGCAGUGGGAAGGGGAGGGAGUGUUACAAUGUUGUCAACCCCUCCUGUGCUGAUUGGGAGGGGACGAUGGUUGGCGCCGUGCAGGAGUAUGCAGGCAAGACUGAGAGGGGGAAGCUAAAGGUGGUGGGGGUAGCAGAGUGGUUGGAUGCUUUGGGGGAAAAGAACGACGCAGAACGGUACCCGGCCUUGAAGCUGAAGGAGUUCUUUGAGGGGUGGAGAGACGAGAGACAGGGUCCGGUCAUCUUUCAGACAGACAAGGCGAAAAAGACGAGCCAGACGAUGGGGAAGAUGGCAGCUGUGACCGGGGAGAUGAUGAGUCGGUGGCUGGAUGCUUGGGCUUUUUGA